CAAUUAAUGAUAUAAAUAGUUGUGAAAUGAAAAAAACAAAUAAAGAAGUGAUGAAUGAAUCAAUUGAUCGACAAUUGAAUGACAAACAAGUAAUUAGUGAUAAAAGCGAUGCAAAACUGUUUGACACAAACACUGAGAUUAUAGUAACAAACAUUGCAUUCAAUACACAAUCAGUCAAUAAUUGUCAGACUAGUAGUAGUAGUAGUAGUAAUAGUGAUUAUACUGAUUGCGAUAAUAGUGUCGACAAUACAAAUAAUACGCUAUUAAGCGAUUCACGAUUGCAUAGACUUAUACCGUAUGCAAAAAUGACAGCCAAAGAGAAACAAAUAAUUAAUGAAAAUAAUCUGAAAGUAAUUAAAGGAAAGUUAAGUAAACAUGAAUUGGAAAUAUUGACCGGAAAUUGGGAUAAGUUUUGUGAAGACUAUAAGUGCGAUGAAGACAUGAAAACACGUCUAUUGGGUUACUUUGCAUUGACUAAUAGAUAUACUAGAAAACAGAGGAAAGAUUUUCAAUAUUUUAUGAGAAGCUCACAGUUUUUGAUGCGAUUGGCCAAUGGUUUGCCUAAUCGUACGAUUUUACAGAUAUAUCAAACGGCAAGAGUUAAGUUUCAUUCAUUGAAAUAUCUUAGAGACCUAUCAAUGGAUAUGAGAGAUAAAGUCAAAAGUUUACAUUCAGUUUAUGGUAAUAAAUGGACAGAAAUUGGCGAAAGAGUUACUUCGACACCGAAUUCAGUUUAUUGUUAUUUUCGGUUAAAUUUCAACAAAAAUGGCGAACCAUUUGAUACGGGAAAGUGGACUCUGGAUGAAGACCUGAGACUAUUGGCAGCAUUUAAACGAGUGCUGAAUACCGAUGAUCUUAAACAACAUAUCUAUACUAAACAAUUGCCGUUCAAACAAAUCGGUGAUUUGGCUGAAAUUAAUAGAAGUUUAACACAAAUUGAAAAACAUUGGCAUCAAUACCUGCGCUGGCAAUUGGCUCAAUGGGAUCAACUGGUGGACAGUUGGUCGCAGACAGACACCGCACGACUAAUAUAUUGUUUGUUUAAAUAUAACUUUACCGAUGAAUCGGACAUCGAUUGGGACAUAAUUAAGGAAAAAUUUGCAAAUAUUUCGUCGUUCAACUCAUUGAUGAGAAACUGGCGUCUAAUUAGUCAAACGGUUCCCUCAGUUGACUGUAAAUCCUAUAAACAGAUCAUUGAUUUUCUUUAUGAUAACUAUUUGCCAAAAUAUAUUAAAAGUGAUGACGAAUUAAAAGAGUUUGAAAUGUUUUUUAAUAGUUAA